AUGUCUGGUAUCCUCAAGCGCAAGGCUGAAGCCAACGAUACCAAUCACGAGUCCAAAUCCGCCAAGGCUGAGGCUCUGACAACGACUCCGCGCCGUACUGAACGGCUUCGCCGACAAGUUCUCCGUUUCAUGAAUCUUCCACAAGAGCUUAGGGACAUGGUAUUCGACGAGCUUUGGCUCAUGUCAAAAGUCAUUGUUUUUGGGCUUCCGCACCCAGACAAUUCGGAAUAUGGCUACCAAGUCCAGCUCCACUGCAAAGGAAGUUUGAAUGGGGAAACCGGAGUACGAGGCCUGCCAUUAUGGCUCCUCGUCAACAAGGCUGUCUACGCUCAGGCUCUGAAGCAACUACGCCGCCAUGCAACGUUCGCCUGUUACGCCGACGUUCGCACAUACGGCUGUAUCAAAGUCUCACCUAUACUCGGCACAAUCCUCUUCACAGAAGCGGAGUUUCACUGUCGAUACCGAGGCGGUCGUGUAUUGGUAAUGAGAGAGCGAGAAAAACCGAUUAUCCCAGCGUUCAUGUCCCGAUUCGGGUCGACGCUGGCGACGCUGAACAUAACCACGAGAUUUCCUAUCACAUGCGUACAUGGGUCACGAUUUCGUCUUCUUGUGGCCGCGCCUGGGUGA